UCUCGACCACCAACAACAGAAAAAGCAGCCCCUAAACCUUAGUAAAGGCAGUGUAGCAAAGUGGAUGAUGUGGAAGAUUAACUGAGUCACCGGUGGGAAGGAGGGGUGGAUAGGGGUGGCAGAUGACACGAAUAAGCAACAGGAAGCUGAGAGGAAACCAGCAAGAGGCUGUUUGUUCUAUGUUCCACCCUCCAGCCGUCAAGUUCAGCCACGGCCCAAGUCGUUGUUCAGUUCAACUGGUGAUGAAAUGGGGGUCAGCCAGUCCGUGGGCUUUCCACCUGUCACGGGAUCCCACCUCGUAGGCUGUGGGGAUGUGAUGGAGGGUCAGAGUCUCCAGGGGAGCUUCUUUCGACUCUUCUACCCCUGCCAAGAGGCAGAGGAGACCACAGAGCAGCCCCUGUGGAUUCCCCGCUAUGAGUACUGCACUGGCCUGGCUGAUUACCUGAAGUUUAAUAAGCGCUGGGGAGGUUUGCUGUUCAACCUGGCUGUGGGAUCUUGUCGCCUGCCUGUUAGCUGGAAUGGCCCCUUUAAGACAAAGGACUCUGGAUACCCCUUGAUCAUCUUCUCCCAUGGCCUGGGAGCCUUCAGGACACUGUAUUCAGCCUUCUGCAUGGAGCUGGCCUCCCAUGGCUUUGUGGUUGCUGUACCAGAGCACAGGGAUGGGUCAGCUGCAGCAACCUGUUUCUGCAAGCAGGCCCCAGAGGAGAACCAGCCCAACAGCGAGUCACUGGAGGAGGAAUGGAUCCCCCACCGUCAAACUGUGGAAGGGGAGAAGGAAUUCCAUGUUCGGAAUUGCCAGGUGCAUCAGAGGGUAAGCGAGUGCCUGAGGGUGUUAACUGUCCUUCAAGAGGCCGCUGCUGGGCAGACUGUCCUCAACACCGUGCCUGGCGGGUUGGAUCUGAUGACCUUGAAGGGCAGCAUUGACGUGAGCCGUGUGGCUGUAAUGGGACAUUCAUUUGGAGGGGCCACAGCUAUUCUGGCUUUGGCCAAGGAGACCCGAUUUCGGUGUGCUGUGGCUCUGGAUGCUUGGAUGUUUCCUCUGGAACGUGACUUUUACCCCACGGCCCGAGGCCCUAUAUUUUUCAUCAAUGCUGAGAAAUUCCAGACAAUGGAGAGUGUCAACUUGAUGAAGAAGAUUUGUGCCCAGCAUGACCAAUCCAGGAUCAUAACUGUCCUUGGUUCUGUUCAUUGGAGUCAAACUGACUUUGCUUUUGUGGCUGGUAACUGGAUUGCUAAAUUCUUCUCCACUCAAACCCAUGGGAGCUUGGACCCCUAUAAAGGUCAGGAGACUGUGGUGCAGGCCAUGUUGGCCUUCCUGCAGAAGCACCUUGGGGACAUGGGUUCAAGCCCUGGUCCAGGAAGAUCCCACAUGCCACGGAGCAACUAAGCCCAUGUGCCACAACUACUGAAGCCUGUGCGCCUAGAGCCCGUGCUCCGCAACAAGAGAAGCCACUGCAAUGAGAAGCCCGCGCACCUCAACGAAGAGUAGCCCCCGCUCACCGCAACUAGAGAGAGCCCGCGUGCAGCAAUGAAGACCCAACACAGCCAAAAAUAAAUAAAUAAAUAAAUUUAUUUUAAAAAAAGAAAGUAAUCACUGGUCACCACCCCAACUACCAUCCUGUCCAACUCUUCUCUCACUUAAAUCACUCUAAGAGUUUCCUAACUGAUCUCCCUACCGCCACCCUACACAGUCCUUUCUCAAUCAAGUAGCCAGAGUGAUCGUUUCAGAAAGGAAGCCAGAUCUUGUCACUCUGCUGUUCAGGAUCCUCCAGUGGCUCCCAUUUCUCUGAGAGACAAAGCCAACACCCAGCGUCCCUCCUGCGGCUGCUCCCCGGGCCUACUUCACUGUCGCUGCACAAGCCUCCACACCCCAGGCACACUCUCGCUUCACACCUUUGCACUGCUGUUCCUGCUGCCUCAAAUGAUCUUCCCGUGUAGUCUCAUGGCUCACUCCCACCUCCACAUUUUUGCUCAAAUCUCACCUUCCUAGUGAGACUCAUGUUGCCAACCCUCUCUAAAAUAUUGUACUGAGACUUCCUUGGUGGCCCAGUGGUUAAGAAUCUGCCUGCCAAUGCAGGGGACACGGGUUCGAGCCCUGGUCCGGGAAGAUCGCACAUGCCGCAGAGCAACUAAGCCCGUGAGCCACAACUACUGAGCCUGUGCUUUAGAGCCCACGAGCCACAACUACUGAGCCCACGUGCCGCAACUACUGAAGCCCACACUCCUAGAGCCCAUGCUGUGCAACAAGAGAAGCCACCGCAAUGAGAAGCCCACGCACCGCAACGGAGAGUAGCCCCUGCUCGCCGCAACUAGAGAAAGCCCGCGCACAGCAAUGAAGACCCAACACAACAAAAAAUAAAUAAAUAAAUAAACAAAUUUAUUUAAAAAACAAAAAACAAACCAAAAAACCAUUGUACUGUCCCUUCCUCCUGUCACCCCCAUCUCCCGGCCACCAGCACUGCUUCUGUCUGGCUCUCAUUUUUGCCACAGCGCAGCUCACCUUUUCAUAUCCUAUGUAGUUUGUUUUGUUUGUUGUUAUCUCUGCCUCCUAGAUUGUGAGCUCUGGGAGGAUGAGGGUUUCUAUUUGUCUGUGGCUGUAUUUUUGGCACCAAGAACAAACUGUGGCACAUAGUGGUGUGCUCAGUAAUUUUUGAAUUAAUGAAUAUGUCGCCCUGUUUGUCAAGGACCUGUUCCAUGCCAGGUUCUUGGCAGGGCCCUGGGGAUCUGAAGAUGAAGGAGAGUGGUCGCUGCCUUCUGUCCCAGGUUUUUUGUUUGUUUUGAACAAAAACACCAUUUGCCUGCUCAGCUGUGUCCUACUCCCUCAGCCUGCGGCCUUGGACCCUUUCUGACUGUUCUCGCUGAGUCAUUAGAUCCAUCUGCCUGUGGCCCCAGGGCCCCCUCUUGAAUUGUACCCGGAGUUAUGCUGCUUCAUGAUGUCGCUGUCCUAUGCCAUCUGCCCUUCACUGACAUGGCCCUGCUUCCACAUUCACUGGCUGGCGUGUGAGGGAUCUGCUCUUGCUCAGCAAUAUCCAUGGGCUUGGAAGUGGGCUUUCCACUUUCUCACCCUUGCUGACGGGGGUUUGAAUUCUGUCUCUACCACUCACCAUCUGUAAUGGCUUUGGACAAAUCAGGUAGCUUCACUGAGGCUCAGUUUCCUCAACUGUGAAAUAGGGCCAAUAUGGUACUUAACACAUAGGGAUAUUAUGAAAAUUAAAUGAAACAAUGAAUGUUUAGCAAAGUUCCUGGAAUGAGUUAUCCUUCAAUAAGUGCUACCUUGUUAUUAUUAUCGUUACUGAGUUGUUAUGGGUUAAGCAAGUCAUUUAUGAAGCACAUGUAUGAAUAGUAGUUAUCAUUAUUUCUUCCACCAUCACAGCCACCGUAACCAGGCCUUUUAGUAUCCCAGGUGCUCCUCUCUCUAGUAUGACCCACUAAAUCCAUGGUAGCUACUCUUUGAUCUAACCUUACAACCGUUUACCUAACCUGGUUUUUUUCUCAUUCAGACCUGAACAAGGACUAUGACCAAUGGAACAACCUCAUUGAAGGCAUCGGACCAUCACUAAUCCCAGGGGCCCCACACCAUCUGUC